AUGAAUUGCCUCCCACAUGUCUCUACUGGACAUAUAUAUUGCUUGUCCCCAAAAGUUCUCUGAUGUUUCCUUUGCGGGACUUUCUGGAUUUCCGAUGCAUGAUUUUUUACUUUUUCCUCACUUUUUGGUUUUGGCGGCUUUAGUGGCUCUUCAGUUAUGCUUAAUCCGCCAGGGACUUUUUCAAGCAUCACGAAUACCGGUUGGAAUCUCUGGGUGUGGAGUUUGGCAAUAUUUAAAAUUGUUUGGACGUUAGGGGCGCCUACUUUGCUUAAAAGAUCUACAGGAAGCCUUAUUUUAAAGUCACUGUCAGAGGUAGAUGUCAGACGAUUAUCAGCCAUAUUUUGAUUAGGCCAGGACUAUGAGCUUACGGAUAAGCCCAAUUCAAGAAGACUUAGAUUUAACUAG